ACUAGCCAGGAAGUUUGGAGCUCACCUCCUGGCGGUCCAGCAAUGGCGUCGUCUAUGAACGGGAUGUUCCCAGGUCAACAACCGCCAACUGCACAUCCCGUCGCCGGUGCGGGUGGACCGGGCCAAACCGGAUUCCCCGGUACGACGAACCGGAGCCAGGGAAGCAACACGCUGGUGGAUGAACUGGAGGCGUCGUUCGAGGCAUGUUUUGCAUCAUUGGUAAGCCAAGACUAUGUCAACGGCACCGACCAGGAGGAGAUCCGAACCGGUGUGGACCAGUGCAUCCAAAAGUUCCUGGAUGUGGCCCGGCAAACAGAGUGCUUCUUCCUGCAGAAAAGGCUUCAAUUAUCUGUGCAGAAACCCGAGCAGGUGGUCAAAGAGGAUGUGUCGGAGCUGCGCAACGAGCUACAGAGGAAGGAGAUGCUGGUCCAGAAGCACCUGUCCAAGCUGCACCACUGGCAACAAGUGCUGGAAGACGUGAGCGGACAGCAUCGCAAGCCCGCAGACCUCCCGCCUCCCGGACCGCUGGCCUACCUGGAGCAGGCGUCGGCUAGUUUGCCUCCUGCCCCUUUAAAGCCAAACUAACUCAGCAGAGGGAGCGCUUCACACGAGUUUGCGUGGAUAUUGAGCAAAGAACAUCUACUGACGUGGACAUUUGGAUUUGGGAGUCUUCUUGCAAGUCAAAUGAGUGAAUGAAUUGAGGAGGACAAGCAAAGACCACCUCCAACAUGGACGUUUGCAUGGACACUGCAGGCAUUGACCUACCACACAGACCAGAUGGAGCUAUAAAACAAAAACUUAGAGUAAGCGGUAGUUCACACCUGCUUUUCACUGUGCAACACCGCCACCUGCAGCACGGGAGUGGAACCACAUCCAGCUGCACAUGACAAUUUUGCAAUCAAACGGCACUCUACUGUAUAAAGGAGUAUUAAAUCCAUGCUGACAAGACACAGAAAAAGGUGUAAUAUUGCAUGAAUUCUGUGACUUAGUAUGAUUUCCAAUUUCACUGGGAUCCUUACACUGCUUUGUACCUGUUUUACUUUUCUUGAUUCAUGUUCAUGGAGUAUUUCUUUUAUAAUAAGACUGUGUUGGCUGUAAAAGCAAGCUAGUGUAGUGUCCUUUCACUGCUCUCUUUGUGUUUUUUGUACACUACAUCAUUUAUUAGAUGCUGGCUUUACAUAAAGGUUGCAGAGAGCACCGCUAAUAGUCAUCAUUUCUGCUCUUUUGAACGCUGACAGUGUUUUUUCAUUUCCUCAAUUAAAUGAGCGCCUGUUGCCUCAAACGUA